AUGCUCUUCCACAGCUUGUCGGGCCCCGAAGUGCACGGGGUCAUCGACGAAAUGGACCGCAGGGCCAAGAGCGAAGCGCCAGCCAUCAGCUCAGCCAUAGACCGGGGCGAGACGGAGACGACCAUGCCGUCCAUUAGCAGUGACCGGGCAGCGCUCUGCGCGGGCUGCGGAGGUAAGAUCUCCGACCGCUACUACCUACUGGCAGUGGACAAACAGUGGCAUAUGCGUUGCCUGAAGUGCUGCGAGUGUAAACUCAACUUGGAAUCAGAGCUCACCUGCUUCAGCAAGGACGGCAGUAUUUACUGCAAAGAAGACUAUUACAGGCGGUUCUCUGUGCAACGCUGUGCCCGUUGUCACCUGGGCAUCUCAGCAUCAGAGAUGGUGAUGCGCGCCCGGGACCUGGUUUACCAUCUCAACUGCUUCACCUGCACCACGUGCAACAAGAUGCUGACCACAGGCGACCACUUUGGAAUGAAGGAUAGUCUGGUCUACUGCCGGCUGCACUUCGAGGCGCUGCUGCAGGGUGACUACCAGGCCCACUUCAACCAUGCAGAUGUGGCGGCGGCGGCGGCAGCGGCAGCGGCAGCUGCAGCCAAGGGCUCGGGUUUGGGCGCCGGCGGGGCCAACACCUUGGGCCUUCCUUACUACAAUGGCGUGGGCACAGUACAGAAGGGGCGGCCUCGGAAACGGAAGAGCCCAGGGCCUGGGGCGGACCUGGCCGCCUACAAUGCAGCACUGAGCUGCAACGAAAAUGACGGGGACCAUCUGGACAGGGACCAGCAGUACCCCAGCAGCCAGAAGACUAAGAGAAUGCGGACCUCCUUCAAACAUCACCAGCUGAGGACAAUGAAGUCCUAUUUUGCUAUUAACCAUAACCCCGACGCCAAGGACUUGAAACAGCUCGCACAGAAGACCGGUCUCACCAAGAGAGUCCUCCAGGUCUGGUUUCAGAAUGCCAGAGCUAAAUUCAGGCGGAACCUUCUACGCCAGGAGAACACAGGGGUGGACAAGACCUCAGACUCCACCCUACAGACGGGGACCCCAUCGGGCCCAGCCUCAGAGAUUUCCAACGCAUCCAUGAGCCCCUCCAGCACCCCCACCACCCUCACGGACUUGACUAAUCCCACAAUGCCAACUGUGACAUCUGUCUUAACUUCCGUGCCUGGGAGCCUGGAGGGCCAUGAGUCCAGGAGUCCUACACAGACAACUCUUACAAACCUUUUCUGAUGACGCUUUCCCAAUAAUUUCUUUAAAAAAGAAAUUAUCCUUUAGUUGAAUUCCAAGUGUAUUUUAAAUAGAGGCUUUGAGCAACUAACUAACCACAUUUUAGGAUCUCGCCUGGAAACAGAGGGGGAAAAUGAGUGUUCUGGUAACUACAGAGUGUGGACUGAAAAUUAACUUGGAAGAUCUAUCCGCAACACAACAUUUGUGUAACUGUACAGUUUUGUGGACUGACUGAGCAAGGAAAACAAGAAUUAAUUUAAGUUGGCUAGAGCUUCUUGUAUUUCAAAGACUGCCACGUGCCUUAUAUACUGUUUUAUCUACAUACUGGAUUUCCCAUGUCCAUUUUCUCUCUUGCCUCCUUUUCUCUCUGUAUAUUUAUGACCAGAGCAAAAAUGUUUAAAAAAAAAGUUUGUUACUUUGAAUAGU